AUGAGCCAUCUACUAGCGGACGCUCAGCUCCCUAGUGGAAUGGACGAUGAUCCAGAGUUGUUGGCUAAAAAUGAUCCUCUUGCAACGCAAGUGUGGAAAAUGUAUGCCAAGCAACGUGAGCAAUUACCUAACGCGGCGCGUAUGGAGAAUCUUACUUGGCGACUUAUGUCGAUGAAACUGCGCCGCCAAAUGGAUGGAGGUCCAACGGCAGCGGUAGAUUACACGGCACUGAUCCCUAAACAAGAUGGUGCGUCGCCACCCCCGGAUGUCUCGGCGACACCUUCAACAUCGUCACACGAGUCUACGCAUAGUCAAGACGACGACACUCGCCGAGGCCGUGAAAAGACCGUGCGUCGCAUUGAGGCUAGCACAAUGCCUAUGCCCAUGACGAGCAUGCAUGAACAUGCCCAAGAACAGACGCGGUUUAUUGCCCGUUCUCGAUCUCGGUCUAUGAGCGCUAUGGAUAUGGAACCAUUCCAUAUGCGACGGCCCUUGUCUCGUGAUGACACAGAUCACCUCGGAAAUCUUACAGAUUCUCAGCUGCUAGCCGAUUCAACGGGGCAUGAUAUGCGCCUCUCUGACUUUGGUUUUGCGUCAGGCAUGCUGCCGGAUGGGAUGCCUGAAUCCUUGCCAGUGGAUGCAAGCCUCUCUCAACUAAACAAGGAGAAUUUAUCGAUGAUUCCAAACGCAUCAUUUGCCACAUGGAGCAAGACUGUGCAGGCCAAUACGGUCAAGUCGGCGACAGAUAGUCCUGGUACAGUGAUGGGGGCACCAAGCCCUGGCACUGUGGUGGACGAUCACAAGUCUCCUCAGAAACGGAUCAUUAAUGAAUUUGCAUCAGGAGCUUACAAGAACCUCUUUGAUAAUUCGGACUCUCACGCAUGGCAAGCGUCUUCCCACCUUGAACAUCAUGCGCGAACGGUGAUGGAACUUAGCGAGAGACGAAUGAUUUCCCCAGAUUACGAUGAACGCUUUUUGGAGAACCAUACUAUUCUAGACAGCGUCCCAGGUAUUGACGACUAUGUGGGCCAUCAAGCCAACCAACAUCCAGAGUACGGCUUUUUGCCCCGACUUGUUCGUAAGACGUCAUUCGAUCAUAAAGUGCGUGAGCGCAGUGAAUCUCGCGGCCCGAAAGGGCGUUUGGCAGCAUUAACAGAAGCAUCACGGGUAGAAGGACAUGCGCAGUCACGGAAGCGUAUACGUGAGCAUUCGCCUAUGCCAUUUGGUAUGCGCAUGCCUACGACGGCGGAUCAACGCAUAGCCUCUGGCUUGUCCCGCGAAGUACCGACCAUGAUUGCAUCAAACAUGAUGCAUUCCUCCAGCGGCUACCACUGGCCUUCUUGA